AUUGAUAAGCUGUUUGACCAGUCCAAGGCCACCUUACAGUUUCACCAACCUCAGAGGUUUCAGGAUAAGCUGUGGCAGUUGUGCAGUCUGCUGGAGUGUCUGUUUGGCUGUCUGGUGGGAGCUAACGUGUACAUGACACCCCCGGGCUCACAAGGGUUAGCACCUCACUAUGAUGAUGUGGAGGUGUUCAUUCUGCAGUUGGAGGGAAGGAAACACUGGCGUUUGUACACGCCCCCUGUUGAUCUUCCCAGGGACUACAGCAGAGAUUUGGAGCAGGACAAUAUUGGCCAGCCCACACAUGAUUUUGUCUUAGAGGCAGGAGACAUGUUGUACUUCCCCCGUGGUACAGUUCACCAGGCCGACACCCCCGCUGGCUCGCAACACUCCACACAUGUCACCAUCAGCACGUACCAGCACAAUUCAUACGGUGAUCUCCUGAGUUCAGCCCUCCCCAUACUGGUUCAGACUGUGAUGGACAGGGAUGUAGGGUUUAGGAAGGGUCUGCCUGUUGGAGCACUCAGUACAGUGGGGAUUCCGUCUAUGGGACAGGUACACGGUGAGAUAAUCCCUGGUGCCCCACCCAACCUGAACAGCUUUGUAAAGAUGAGGUUUCCUGGCUACACAGCACUGUGUCUGCAUACAGCAGAGGAGACAGAUGAUGAUGAUGAAGAUGAUGAUGAUGAUGGAGAGGAUGAUGAUGAGAAUGAUGAAGAGUCAGAUGAUGAUGAUGAUGAUGAAGAGAAUGAUGAUGAUGAGGAUAGUGAUGCUGAUGGUGAUAAAGAAGAAGGUGAAGACAAUGACAAUGAGAGUGAUGAUGAUGAGAAGGAUGAUGAUGAAGAGGAAGGAGAAGAGGCAGAUAUGGAGAUGUCCACCAUGAGUGAAGCAGCGGAUGCCUCUGAUCCUGAGUGGGUGUAUCUGUACCACUGUCUACACAACAGGAGAGAGGAACACAUGAUGGGCUCCAGUAGUGGGCAGCCCCAGGGUCUGAAGUUCCCUGCUAAGUACCUGCCAGUCCUGCAGAAGUUGCUGAAGAUGAGGGAAGAUGACAGAGUCCAGGUGAAAGGUCUCGGACUGGAGUCUGAGGAGGAUGACCUACAGGUGGCAACCUACCUGUGGGCCGAGGGGCUCGUCCAGAUUUGUUAGGUCCAAUCUGAUAGUGUUGUCGUGUCUUCUCUAGCUCUGUCAGUUGUACUUGUAGCCACUUGAAUGGGAGAAAACUAAUGGCUAGUUUCUGGCAUGUCUUGCCUUAUUUCCUGCCAAGUUUUUAA